CAAAGAGUUUCUGGACUCCUCGUGAAGGAACUAACAGCUUUCUUUAUCUGAUCGACAAAAUGCAGUUCAAGUUGAUUUCCUUUCUCCUGGCCUUGCCCGUGGUUUGCGCCAUCGAAGUCCCCAUAAAGCUCCGAGAGUAUCUCAGGGGUGGAGCCUCGAAGUCCCGAGCUCUCAAUGAAGCGGAUCUGACUACUUCGGAAAAAGUGCAGUUGGAGCUUCUCAGAUGUGUCAAUGCAUGCCAUGUUGUUACGGGCGAUAUUUGUUCCAAUAACCCAUUCUUCGCCACUGAUUCCAAGUUGGUAAGAAAGUGCAAUAAAAAACUGCUGAAUCAAGGUGUGAAGUUGUGUUUCAAGUACCUCGAAAGAAGCGUAAGAAGAGACGAUCUGGUUGAAGGGAAGACCUUCAGGGCUAUGAAAUCGAGUGCGGUGAAGGAUGAUGCCAACCCGAUUUACACAGGGGCAGACCUCUCAGCCCACUACGAGACUUGUGAAGUGACAUGGACCCCCGCCCCAGCUUUCAACACUCCUAUCGACGCUACGACGGACGUUUAUGAAGUCUUCGAUGUGGACCUUGACAUUGCCUUUGACGAAGGCGUUGACGAAAGCAGCAGUGAUGAUAGCAGUGACAGUAACAGUGACAGUAGCAGUGACAGUACCGAUUUCGUUGCUUUGCCGAAGCCGGAUCUCUCCUUUUGGGAAAAUGUCCAACUGGAGUAUGUUAAAUGUGACUACUCAUGCCGUCUCCUUAUUGAUUAUAUGGAGCAAAACCAUGCGCAGCUAAACCCAACCAUUACGCCAGCCAAAAACAUCGCGAAUCUUCGUGGGAAAUAUCAGCAUCGAUGUGGCGGUGUUUGCAACAGAAUGGUCUCCAAAAAGAAGUUGAAGACAGAAAUGCCUGACUGGAAGACAGUAGAUCUAAUGAAGGAAUACAAGUUGAUGAAAAGAGAACUGAUGAAAAAGAAGCAACACCAAAACGCCGUCGAAUUGCGUCAUAUUGACACUGUUAGUGACCUCUCAGCCUACUAUGAAGAUGGUGAAAUCACUUGCUCCCCAGCCGCUAGUACUCCCGCGGAAGAACCCUUGGAAGUUUUCGAAAUCAUUGAUGAAGACGAAGACGAGGAGGACGCUCUGGAUACUGGCGUGGAUGGCAGCAGUGGCAGUGGCGAAGACGCUGUCUAAGGCACUGACGAAGUCUUUGGUUCGUACUGCAUGAAUGGAUGUUAUUCUUUUGUUGUCAUGGAUGCGACGAGUUGCUUGUCGUGAAGGUGCUCGGUACAGUGUACUGCGACGUCCGGUCCCAUUGGUUUUUUGUGCUUGACGGAAGACUUUGGGUGACGCCAUGACUUGCAUGAGGAUUAAAGAAAGAAAUAAGUUUGUGGCGGAGAAGAUGGCAGAUUCAAUUGGAACAGGAAUGAUGGGCGGAUUGGAUUAUGCCAACAAGUGUUCUACACCGCAUUGCAUAUUACAUGCAUAGUAAUCCCACCAACCACUAGCUAGGUCUUGUUGGUCUCGU